CCGCCGACGCCGCCACCGCUGCUGCUGCUACUCUCUCGGAUUUCCAGUAAAUUGGCCGCCGCUACCCGUCAGUAGUAUCGCAUUCGUUUCGCCCGCGUUCUUUCGCUCACUCGCUCGUUCGUCCGUCCGACUCGCAGAAGCCGCCGCCGACCCUUCGCCACCGCCAACAACCCUUCUGCUACGCUCACCGUCUUAUCUACACUCGUGUGCACAUCUGCCUCUCGACGUCUUCGACGGAGAGAGAAAAACAAUGCCGGGCCAACAGCAAGAACGCAUAAGGCUGUCCUCGAUGGGCGGCGAGUCAACCUGCAGUAACAGUAGUAACGGGGCUAGUGGCAGCACAAUUAUGAAAAUCAGGAGACGCGUGGUUAUGAUGGGAGCAGCCAGAGUGGGCAAAACAUCCAUUAUCAAACAGUUCCUGUACGACCAGUUCCCCGACCGAUACAAGGAGACUAUUGAGGAAUUGCAUCGGGGAGACUAUGAAUUACCAGAUGGUGCAAGGUUAACUUUGGAUAUUCUGGACACAUCGGGAGCUUAUCAAUUUCCGGCAAUGAGAGAGUUAUCUAUAUCUACUGCGGAUGCAUUUCUUUUAGUGUUUUGCGUAGACCGAGAAGACACCUGGGAUCAAGUUAAACACUUCAAAGAACAAAUAAUCGAGAGGCGAGGACCAAAAAUUCCAAUAGUUAUUGUAGGCAAUAAGUGUGAACUUCCUGAAAGAUUUUUACCUACGGAAAUUACCGAAGCAAUAUCCAGAUACGAUUGGGAAUGCGGCUACGUUGAAUGUUCAGCCAAAGAGAAUAGCAACAUAGUACAGGUGUUCAAGGAGCUCCUCGCUCAAGCAAAGGUCCAAUAUAACUUAAGUCCGGCUGUAAGAAGAAGGCGUAUGUCUCUACCGAGUUACGUGGAAAAUCGUUCGGGAUCGACCAAAGGACGAUACAUGCUCAAAAGAAAUUCAUGUACUGUAGCCUGAAAAAUAGAAGAUCCAUAGUUUAUUAUUGUUUAUAAAACGUAAUUUAAAAUAAAACAAAUAAUCUAA